UUACAUAAAAUCAUUAGCAGUGAAAUAAAACUAAUAUUAGAUCAUUUUUUCUCUCAGUGACAGCUGCUGUCUCAAAAUAAUUCAUAGUACUGGACAUGAUUCCAGUAACUUUGUGUGGAAACAAGUUCAGGAUUUUUCUGCAGGAAAAACCUGAAACGCCUCACCUCCAUGUCUGCAUGGACCAAUCAGAGAAGAGACAGCUUCUGAUUGGAGGAUGGAGCGGCACCGGACCCCCUGCUGAGUGGAAGAAGCGGCAGCUGAAAUCUGGACGUUUGAAUUCAGGAUGAAACCAGGGAAACCGGCUGCAGGUCUCAGGUCUCUGAAAGUCUCUCCUUCUCUUCUCAUCUCUGAACAUUAAUACACACCUGUGAUGAGAACCUGCAGCUGGUUCUGGAGGUCCACCUUCUGCCUGAUUCUCCUCAUCCCGCCCGGUUCGGCUCAGCAUGAAGACGGGAAUUCGGUUCUGGAGCCCGGCUUCUGCCAGCCCAUCUCCAUCCCGCUCUGCACCGACAUCGCCUACAACCGGACCAUCAUGCCCAACCUGCUGGGUCACAGCAACCAGGAGGACGCGGGGCUGGAGGUCCACCAGUUCUACCCUCUGGUCCAGGUCCAGUGCUCGGCGGAGCUGCGGUUCUUCCUGUGCACCAUGUACGCGCCGGUGUGCACGGUGUUGGACCGGGCCAUCCCGCCCUGCAGGUCUCUGUGCGAACAGGCCCGGAACGGCUGCGAGGAGCUCAUGAACAAGUUCGGCUUCCAGUGGCCGGACCGGCUGCGCUGCCAGAACUUCCCGCCCCACGGAGCCGGAGAGAUCUGCGUGGGUCAGAACAGGAGCGAUUCUGCAAGUCCGGCCGAGCCGAACCCGACCGCCCGGCCUCCGUUCCUCUGGAGCGGCCAGCGGUUCUCCUGCCCCCCGCAGCUCCAGGUUCCGUCCCGCCUCAGCUACCGCUUCCUGGGGGAGGAAGACUGCGGCGCCCCCUGCGAGUCCGACAAACCCGGCGGACUGAUGCACUUCAGCCAGGAGGAACUAAAGUUCAGCCGGGUCUGGGUCGGGUUCUGGUCCAUUUUGUGCUGCGUCAGCACGCUCUUCACCAUCCUGACGUAUUUACUGGACAGAAGGAGGUUCGUCUACCCGGAGCGACCCAUCAUCUUCCUGUCUGGCUGCUCCUUCAUGGUGGGGCUGGCCUACAGCGCCGCCUUCCUGCUGGAGGACAAGGCGGUGUGUGUGGCCCGGUUCAGGAAGGAGGGGUACCGGCUGGUGGUCCAAGGGACGGAGAAGGACGUCUGCACUGUCCUGUUCGUCGUCCUCUACUUCUUCAGCAUGUCCGGCUCCAUGUGGUGGGUCGUCCUGGGCCUCAGCUGGUUCCUGUCCGCCGGGAUGAAGUGGGGCCAUGAGGCCAUCCAGGCCGGCUCUCAGUACUUCCACCUGGCAGCCUGGGUGGUUCCGGCGCUGAAGACCGUCCUGGUGCUGGCGGUGGGCCGGGUGGAGGGCGACCUGCUCAGCGGCGUCUGCUCUGUGGGAGUCCACAGCCUGGAGGGCCUGCAGGGCUUCAUCCUGGCUCCGCUCUCCGUCUCCCUCCUCAUCGGCGCCUCCUUCCUGCUGGCCGGCUUCGUGUCGCUGCUCCGGGUUCGGUCCAUCAUGAAGCACAACGGCACCGAGACGGAGAAGCUGGAGAGGCUGAUGGUGCGGAUCGGCGUCUUCGGCUCGGUCUACACGGCCUCCAAAGCCAUCGCCAUCGCCUGCCUGCUGUAUGAACAGGCGUUCCGGCCGCAGUGGGACGCCACCUGGCGGACGCAGACCUGCAAACACUUCGCUACUCCAUGCCCGACCCGAAACUCACCGCCGGCCUCGCCGAACUUCACGGUCUUCAUGAUCAAGUACCUGACGACCUUCACGGUGGGGAUCGGGUCUGGAUUCUGGGUCUGGUCCGGGAAGACGCUGCAGACGUGGCGCCGCUUUUCCAUGAACGGAGAGGCGGCGGCGUGGAGGCGAAGCUUCCGGGACCGGAACCAAACCGGCAGGAACCCAAAGUGAAUCUACCGAACCCGAACGAACUGAGGGAGGGAGGUUUUAUUUUUACUCAAUUUUACACUGAAAAAACACAAAAUGUUACCAAAUAUUUUGGUCCAGUUUUUAGUUCAAAUAUCUUAAUAAAAACCAAAAUAACUUAGAAGUAACUUUUCACCCAGAUUGACUUGAUAUGGAAAAGUAUACAUUGUAUAUCCUGGCAGAUUAUUUCACUUGUAACAAAUACUUUUUCAUUACUGACAUAAUACA